UGUGGCCGUGUGCCUGGAUAGAUACCGGUUCACCCACCAACAACAACAUUGAAAUCCCUGCCAAAUUCACUUGUUUAUCUUUUUCUCCCAUUUUCUGCCCAAAUUCAUACUCCAGAGUUAUACUCUUCUUGUAUGAUUUGUAUCAUUACAAUCAUACCAAGCUUCAGAGCAAGUCUUCAGCUGCGCUACUUUGGGUCUCAGAUUGAUACUAACUUUCAUCUUUCCAGCUUCUGAGAAGGUAUGUUGAAGAGUGUUGGAAUAAUCUUGCUUAUUGCCAUAGUGGCAACAUGUCUUUAUCAAUCUAACCUGCCACCAUCUCCGAGGAUAUGUGGGUUUCCUGGUGGACCGCCCAUAACAGCACCAAGAGUGAAGCUGAGGGAUGGCAGAUAUUUGGCCUACAAUGAGAUUGGUGUACCAAAGGAGAAUGCCAAGUUUAAAAUUGUAUUUGUUCAUGGUUUUGGCAAUUCCAGGCAUGAUGUGGUUGUUGCAGCUAACCUUCUUCAGGAAGUCAUUGAACAGUUGGGAUUGUAUAUAGUGUCAUUUGAUAGGCCAGGUUAUGGAGAAAGUGAUCCUGAUCCAAAGAGAACAGUGAAAAGCUUUACUUUGGAUAUUGAAGAUCUUGCCGACCAGUUAAAGCUUGGGGACAAAUUUUAUCUGAUUGGCUUCUCCAUGGGCGGCCAAACAGUUUGGGGUUCCCUCAAAUACAUUCCUCACAGGCUAGCAGGAGCAGCACUAUUAGCUCCGGUUGUGAAUUACUGGUGGAGUGGCUUCCCUGACAACUUAUCUAAAGAAGCCUUUCAACGACAGCCACCUCAAGACCAAUGGGCACAAAGGGUUGUCUACUACUUUCCCUGGCUUACUUAUUGGUGGAACACUCAAAGGCUCUUUCCUGGUUCCAGUGUCGCUGCUGGAAAAGCUGUACUAAGUCGACAGGAUUAUGAACUUAUCCCCAAGAUUAUUUCACUUGGAACUGGUCAUAUGGGACAGGUGAAGCAACAAGGAGAAUUCGAGUCAAUAUACCGGGACAUGAUGAUUGGAUUUGGGAGCUGGGAUUUUAGUCCGCUGAAUCUGACAAACCCCUUUGGAUCCAAGCAAGGAUCAGUGCAUCUAUGGCAGGGUAAUGAAGAUACACUUGUACCUGUCACGUUGCAGAAAUACAUCGCGCAAAGACUUCCAUGGAUUAAGUACCAUGAGGUGUCCGGGGCAGGUCAUUUGUUUCCCUUUGCGGACGGGAUGAAUGAAGCUAUUCUCAAGGCACUACUUCUUGGUGAGAACUCCUAAGACACCAGUUCAGGAUUCGUGCAACCUAAAAAAUGGUCAGAUCCCGAGUGCAUCAAUAUUAGGAACAUGUGGUGAUGUCGUGUAUGUUUGGUAGUUUAUAAAAACAUUCUUGUACAAUAAUACCAUGUUAUAAGUUCUGAUUUACAGCAGAAUACAAUGCCAAGUUUACACUAAACUUAGACAAAGCAGUGUACUACUAAUUUCACAGCCUGCAGAAAGCUAGAUGGCGAGCCCAGUGAAUCAGUUAAAUGAGCCUAUAGUUUUUAUAUGUUGUGAAUAUUGUAAAACUAGUUAUUAUUACUUAAGAUAAUUAAGAUAACUUUCUUACCCA